UUCCGAGCGCGUCCCGGCCGCGCUGCCGGCGCGAUGGGUUGGGUGGGGCUAGGCUGCGGCAAAGAGCAGUAGGGAAGUGGCUGCCAGCCGCGUCGAGAAUUGCUGUAGCCCUUUCUGUGGGCAGAUGCUGCUGGUUUUGGAUUAUGUGGAAAAAUGCGUAAUUCCCAGAGGAGAUGAUGCUGUGGUGCUGAGUAUCUCUCUGGUGAUGAAUGAUCUUGCUGCUCCUCGCUCCCUCAGUCGAUUUAUUGACACUGAAACCUCUUGUUCUUAGGUCUGCUUUCCUGCAAUGAGCUGCUGAAAGUCUCCUCACAGUGAGAUCAGGGUGUUUUUUUCAGCUCAUCUUUCCACACGUCAAGCUUUGCCUGCCUCUUCGGUUUCUGACAAUUAAAGAAAGUAUGUUUCUUUUCUUUCUGCAGCCAAGAUAUUAUAUUGAUAUUACUUCAUCUGUUUAAUGGUUUUAAAGAGAAUAGUAGUAAAACUGAGUAUUCCAAAGCUAAAAUAGGUAGUAUUCAAUGAUCUAUAGCUAAAUUGGUGUGCCAUACACUGUCUGAAGAGAAACAAGUGUUUUGCCCUUACACAUGCACCUUUGUACCUGUGUGUAUACGUACAUAUCUCUGCAUGUGUGCAUACAUUUAUACAUUCUUGCAUGUCCACAUACCUACAAGCAAAUGUGUGUGUGUAUGCUUCUAUGUAAAAAAAAAAAGUGUGAGUAUACAUGGUUUUGUUCAUAGGUGCCUCAGCACUGAAAUUAUUAUUCAGAAUGAAGCACUUAUCUAAACCAGCAAACUAUUAUUUAAGUUAACUCAAUAUAAAUAGUGUUACGGUGGGUUUUUUUAAUUCUAAACAGCUUAUAAGAACUGUAGGCACUUCAUUUUGGCUCCGUGCUUCCUUAUUCUCAGGAAAGUUGUCUGUGAUCUGCAGCAUAGGGAGUAACUGGUUGGAAUGUAUCUCUUCAGGGAUUUCCCUGACCUCAGCAGUGUAAAUUACUUGUCUGAUACAAUUUAAACUGGUUCCAGCAGUUUUAAGUCCUGGGAAAAUGCGUGUGAAGUUCACAUUGUCUUUUAGUUGUUCUGUGUAGCAGCAAAUACAAUUUCUGGAGAGGUUCCUAUUGUGAUCACCCAAUUAAUUUUCACAUUUUGACUUAAAUGUUUUAGUCACUCUGGUGAAACCUUGGAUUGGCAGCACAAUUAUGUGGUAUUGAGCUGAUGUAUUUCCAUCACUACUGUUUCUGUCUCUGAAAGUAAGCAGAAGGGGGCUCUUGGAUAAAUUCAAACAAAACUGAAGAGGAUACAAGCAAGAACAGGUAGUCUGGGAAGACUACAGAGAGAUUGUUUGAGCACUCAGGGAUUAGGCUGGGAAAGCUGAAGUCCUGAUGGAAUUAAUUCCAGACAGGGAUGUCGGGAUUUAUAGGUAUGCUGGUGAUAAAAGGAAGAUCAGGAAAAAUGUGGGCCCUCUCUGGAGGGAAACAGAAGACCUGGUUAUCCAAGACUUGGAGAAGGCUGAGGUACUCAAAUGACUUUUUUGUCUCGGUCUUCACUGGAAAGUGCUCUAACCACACUGCAGAAAGGCUGGAGAGGGUCUUCUCACAAGAGCAUGCAGUGAUAGAAAGGGGGAUGGAUUUAAACUGAGAGGAGGUUUAGAUUAGAGAUGAGGAAGAAAUUCUUGGCUGUGAGGAUGGUAAAGCCCCGGCACAAGGUGCCCAGAGAAACUGUGGCCCCUGGAUCCCUGGAAGCAUUUAAGGCCAGCCUGGAUGAGGCUUGGGGCAACCUGGGAUAGGGGAAGGCGUCAACUUCCAUUGUCCUACCUACCUAUCCUGCCCCUAACUACCAUGGCAAGGGGUGAAACUGAAUGGGCUUUAAGGCCCCUUCCGACCCAAACUAGUCUGUGAUUUUAAGAUUCUGUGCUUAAACAAUGCUAGGUGAAAAACUUGCCUUUGCAAAUGAGUUUUUAUUUCUUUUUUUUUUUUUUUUCCUUCAGAAUUUGUUUUGCUAAGGUAGCACGUUUCAUUUAUGAAAUAGGAAAAUUAAGUCUAACUGUUAAACUCUUUUUCAGAUUUUAAUUUUUUUUACAAUGGCGACAUUAAUUCACACUUUAGCAGAUCAUAGUGAUGAUGUCAACUACUGCGCCUUCUCGACGUCGUGCUUGGCUACUUGUUCCUUGGACAAAACAAUUCGUGUUUAUUCUUUGAGCGACUUCAGCGAGCUCCCGUACUCGCCCCUGGCAGGGCACGCGUACGCCGUGCACUGCUGCUGCUUCUCGCCGUCGGGGCGCGUGCUGGCCUCAUGCUCCACGGACGGCACGGCCGCGCUCUGGGACAGCCGCGAUGGCCGCAGGCUGGCCGUGCUGCAGCAGCCCGGGGCCAGCCCCGUCAGGGUCUGCCGCUUCUCUCCUCAGGCCCCCUAUCUGUUGGCAGGGGCAGCCGACGGCAGCGUGGUUCUUUGGAACGUGCGGUCCUUGAAACUGUACCGAUCUGGAAAAGUUAAAGGUGGUUCUUUGAUGGCUUGUGCAUUUUCUCCCAGUGGAAAUUUCUUUGUCACUGGAUCAUCAAGUGGUGAUUUAACCAUUUGGGAUGAUAAAAUGAGAUGCCUGUAUAAUGAAAAAGCACAUGAUCUUGGCGUUACCUGCUGUGAUAUUUCUUCACAUCCAGUAUCUGAUAGUGAAAAUGGAGUCAAAUACUUCCAGAUGGCUUCCUGUGGACAAGAUAAUCAGAUCAAACUCUGGCUUAUUUUGUUUGCAGAUUUCUUAGGUGUUCAGUUAAAAUAUAAAUGCACACUGCAUGGGCACUCUGCCCCAGUUCUGGCCUGUGCAUUUUCUUGUGAUGGACGGCUGAUAGUCUCGGGGUCUGUGGACAAGUGUGUCAUAAUCUAUGAAACUAGUACUGGCAAUAUCCUUCAUACUUUGUCUCAGCAUACAAGAUAUGUUACAACUUGUGCUUUUGCACCACAUAGUCCCUUACUUGCCACAGGCUCAAUGGAUAAAACUGUGCACAUAUGGCAGCUUGACCUUAAGCAACCCUGUGCAGGAGAUACUGUAGAAAAUGAAUCAAAGGUGGCUGUUGAGGACUGGUCCGAGGAUGAUGUUUCAGCCUGGCUCUGCACACAGGAUUUAGCAGACUUUGUUGGACUUUUCAAAAUGAAUAAUAUUGAUGGCAAGGAACUACUGAAUCUUACUAAGGAAAGUCUUGCUAAUGAAUUAAAAAUUGAGUCUCUAGGCCUGCGCAGUAAAGUUCUCCAGAAAAUUGAAGAACUGAGGAUGACAAUGAUCUCGGUUUCUGUUCCUGAUGAGUUCUUAUGUCCUAUAACAAGAGAGCUUAUGAACGAUCCUGUCAUUGCCACAGAUGGCUAUUCCUAUGAAAGGGAAGCCAUGGAAAACUGGAUCAGCAAUAGACGAUCUAGUCCCAUGACGAAUCUUCCUCUCCACUCUCUUACGCUCACACCAAACAGGACACUAAAAAUGGCUAUUAGUCGCUGGCUAGAGAAUCAGCAGAAAUAGUCAAACCACUUAAUUUUGAAGUUGUUUGUUAAAAUUAAUUGAAAUUUUAUGCAGCUGAAGGAAUUCACUGUAUCGGAAACAAUCAAAAGAAGUUGUGUUUUUCUUCUAAUCUGUGGCUGGUUCAACCUUCACUGAUGGAAACUCCCAGAAAAACUUUAAGUUCCUGGCAGUUCUAUUUUGUGGUAUUUCUGUUUAAGAAUCAAGUACUCAAACUCAGGAUCUCAGUUUUUCAAAUAAAUUUUUCUUACAACUUUUUACCACA